AUGGCUAUCAAAACAUUAAUCUUUCUUCCUUUCUUUUACUUACUCUUCCCUUUUUUCUUUCUUUUAAUUAUUCUCGUCUCCUUUCUUCUAUUUACUCUUUCCUUCUUUCUUUCUGUCUUUCGUUUACUUACUCUUUCCGUUUUUUUUCUUACACUUUCCCUGUUUCUUUCUCUUACUUAUUCUUUUCCUAAUUUUUUUUUAUUUUUCUUUCUUUCUUUCUUUCUUUCUUUCUUUCUUUCUUUCUUUUACUUACUCUUUUCUUCUUUCUUUCUUUCUUUAAUUUGCUCUUUUCUUUCGAGCUUUCUUUACUUUUUCCUUCUUUCUUUUAUUUACUCAUUCCUUCUUUCGUUUUUCUUUCUUUCUUACUUUCUUUCUUUCUUUCUUUCUUUCUUUCUUUUACUCACUCUUUCCUUCUUUCUUUUACUCACUCUUUCCUCCUUUCUUUUACUAACUCUUUCCUCCUUUCUUUCGUUCCUUCUUUUACUUACUCUUUCUUUCGUUCUUUCUUUUAGUCGUUCCUUUCUUUCCUUUUCAUUCUUUCUUGUUUCUUUCUUUUACUUCCUCUUUCCUUCUUUCAUUCUUUUACUUACUCUUGCCUUCUUUCUUUCUUUCUUUUACUUACUAUUUCCUUCUUUCACUUUCGCUUUUCUUCUUCUUUUAUUUACUCUUUCCUUGUUUCUUCGUUUAAAUUAUUCUUUUCUUCUUUCUUUCUUUUACUUACUCUUUCCUUCGUGUUUUCUUUAUUCUUUUUUAACUUCUCUCUCUUUCUUUCUUUCUUUUAUUUGCUCUUUCCUUCUUUCUUUCUUACUUUCUUUGUUUUACUUACUCUUUACUACUUUUUUCCUUUCUUUGUUUCUUUUACUUACUCUUUCCUUCUUUCUUUCCUACUUUUACUUGUUCUUUCCUUCUUUCUUUCUUUACUUGUUCUUUCUUUGUUUGUUUCUUUUACUUACUCUUUCCUUCUUUCUUUCUUUCUUCCUUUAUUUUACUCUUUCUUUCUUUUACUUACUCGUUCCUUCUUUCUUUCUUUCUUCCUUUAUUUUACUCUUUCUUUCUUUUACUUACUCGUUCCUUCUUUCUUUUCUUUACUCUUUAUUUAUACAUUUACUUUUUCUGUCUUUCUCCCUUCGUUUCUUUCUUUCUUCCUUUCUUUCUUUGAUCAUUAAAUCCUUUCCAUUUCACUUUUAG